CAAACCCAAACGACUAUUAGAAAGAAGAGGAAUCAAAUCCUUAGGAUAUCGCAAAGAUGAACCUGGUCAUUUUGGCAAAAUAGGGUUACUAAUCCAGAAACCAUUGUUGUCAAGGAUUUCAAAAGAAUCUUAAGUCAGUUGAGAACAAUAUUGUGGAUUUCCUGGAACCAUAUUUGAGCCUUGGACAAUGUGGAUAUGCCCUAACCUGUUCCCUGAUGGAGAUUGAUGAUGCAAUGUGGAUUAUUGGGUGAUUUGGCUGCCUCCUUCUAUCUUCAAGGCACUUAAACGGUUACUCUACAAAACAGAUUAGUAUGGUUUGUCGAGGUCUUCUUCUUGUUCAUGCCAUACACAACUUAAAGUCUUCGAAAAGGAAUUUCAAGUCAAUACAGGAUGGCCAAAGAAUCGAACAAUGUGAUGCUUGGUGCAAGUUCAAUCAUGAUUUGCCUUCUUACCAUUGGUUUGCUUUAUGCUGCAUUGACCAUAAACCCCUUUGAGACAUGGAAGCACAAGGUAUCCAAUUUGGAUGGUAAGAGCGUUGGAGGGGAAGAACCUCUGCGAUUUCUCUUCAGAAGACUGGUUAGAGGAAAAGAUCAAGUUCAGCUCGAUACCACUGGGUUGUCUUGCCACUCUGACCUUCACUUUGAACUGUGUUUGACUAAUAAACCAGUCAUAAUUGACAAGAAUGCAUCAACAGUUUAUAUACCUUCCAAAGAAGCCAAAUCUGAAUACAAGGUUAAGCCAUAUGCAAGAAAAGAGGAUGAGACUGCAAUGAAGAUCGUCACACCAGUACGAAUACUACAUGGUAACAUUACACCACCAGCCUGCGAUUUUAUUCACAGAGUUCCAGCAGUGAUCUUCUCCUCAGGUGGCUUCACAGGAAACCUAUUUCAUGAGUUUAAUGAGAUCAUCAUCCCCUUGUUCCUCACCUGCCACCACUUUCGAUCCCGCAUUCAAUUUGUUAUAACUGACUUUAAGCCUUGGUGGGUGGAAAAGUACAGUCGAGUUCUAUCCCAUUUGUCCAGUCAUGAUGUUAUAAAUCCGGUUGAGAAUGGUAGUGUUCACUGCUUUCCUGGAGCUGUCAUGGGGCUGAUAUAUCAUGAAAACUUGGCUCUAAAUUAUACAGAAAUUCCAGGAGGGUACUCUAUGCUUGAUUUCAAGCAAUUCCUUAGAGAGUCAUUUAUGCUGAAAAUGAAGCAUGUCUCGGAGAUGAAAAGGCAAAGGCCGAUGCUAAUGCAUCUAUCUCGUAGCGAAACAAGGAAGUUUCUGAAUGAAGAUAAAAUAGUGGAAAUGAUGGAAGCAUUAGGCUUUCAAGUCAUUGUGGCAACGCCCAAUCAGACAUCAAAUUUGGACACAUUUUCCGGCUUGGUGAACUCAUGCAGUGUCAUUGUUGGAGCUCAUGGUGCUGGCCUUACAAAUGCAGUGUUCUUGCCAACCAAGGCAGUGAUGGUGCAAGUGGUGCCUCUGGGGUUAGAUUGGGCUUCGGCUGCCUAUUAUGGAGAAACGGUAGGUACUGGAAUGGGGUUGGAAUACUUGGAGUACAAAAUUAAAGCAGAGGAAAGUUCCCUCUUUGAUGUCUAUGGUCCUGAUCACCCAGUCAUUACUGAUCCCGAGUCUAUAUUCGCGAAGGGCUAUGAGGCUGCCAGGGCUGUUUAUGUUGAUGGCCAGAAUCUCAAGAUUAACUUGGUCAGGUUCAGGAAAACCCUUGUUGAAGCCAUGAAACUUCUAGGACACUCUACUUCCGAAAAUUGAAGAACCAUGUAGGAUAUUUUAGGAUUGUAGUUAUUCUUCAUGUGUCAAAUGUCACUAGCAAUUUAGUAUCACUUGCUUCCUGCUCUUGAAAACGAAAUAUACAGGCAUCAACUAGUUGGAAAUGUAUCUUUAUUGAAUGAGCACUUUGCAUUUUAUAUUUUAGGUGAAAACCCUAACAAUAAAAUGAAGAGA